GAAAAGUACCAUAUACAGGUGUAUGCAACAGUAUAAAACUUGACAAAGCUCGCAAAGCUGCUUUCAAACAUUGUCUUGCAGUCCAACAAACUAAACAAGAAACAAAACUCUAGUUGUUAGUGUUACGACAAUAAUAGUUGCUUGAGUGGCACUAUAUAAUACUCUCUCCCUUUUGGCAGUGGCACAUAAGCGCAUAUCACUUUGCCAUCCUCCUAUUUGUUAUAGCUUCCUUUCCUAAUAUAUUCAAACAUUUUCAUUUCCUCUCUUCUCUACCAACACUUAUUUCUAUCCUCGUGCACUUGAUCGCCUGAGUGCACACACAAUCAGGAGCUUAGAGGCAGUGCAAGGAGAGGCAGCAAUGGACCAAAGCAGCAGCAAGCCUGUUAAGACAUUACUUGUACUCCUGAACUGCAUAUUAAUGUCAAUUGGUCAAAUAGGUGGCUCAAUUCUUGUAAGGCUAUAUUUUUUGCAUGGAGGAAAGAAGCAAUGGCUUGCUGCUUGGUUACUCAGUGCUGGCUUCCCCAUCCUCAUCAUCCCCCUUGCCAUUUCUUAUGCACAAGCGAGAGCCAAGGCUAGAGUCACCAGACUACUCAUCACACCAAGGCUUGCUGCGUCUAGUGCCUUCUUGGGAGUUCUCCUUGGUCUUGAUGGCUACCUCUACUCUUUCGGAUUAUCUUACCUUCCUGUCUCGGUUUCUUCUCUUCUCGGAUCAACCCAGCUCGCCUUCACAGCAAUUUUCGCGUUUAUUGUUGUGAAGCAUAAGUUCACUCACUACUCGAUCAAUGCUGUGGUUUUGAUGACCUUUGGAUCAGUUGUUCUGGGGCUUCACAUGAGUGGAGAUCGUCCUACCGGAGAAUCUGAUGGGAAGUAUUUGUUGGGCUUUUGCAUGACCCUUGCUGCUGCUGCGCUUCAUGGUUUUAUUAUGCCUGCAGUGGAGUAUACUCACUUGAAGGCUGGCAUGACCAUCACUUUUGAUCUUGUCAUGCAAGUUCAAUUCCUUGUUUCCAUGUUUUCCACUCUGUUUUGCACUGUUUUCAUGAUCAUCAACAAUGAUUUUCGGGCUAUUCCUGAAGAGGCAAGAGAAUUUGAUCUUGGAGAGACCAAGUACUACAUGAUACUAGUGUUGGCAGCAAUAGGAAUGCAAUUGUUGAUUAUAGGAAGUCUUGGAUUGAUCUUCAGCUCCACAUCACUCUUGGGAGGCCUUGUAUCCUCUCUUCUAGUUCCAGUACAGCAGAUCUUUGCUGUAAUAUUCUUACCUGAAAGCUUCAACGCCGAAAAGGGCAUGGCCUUAGCCAUGUGUCUAUGGGGUUUUGCCUCUUACUUCUAUGGAGAAUACAAGGUAAGCCGCGAGAAGCUAGCAGCAAAACAAGAACCAGAUCAAGAGUCAGUUUGAUUUCAUCUUCAAAUUUGAUUGACCUCCAGUCAUGUUGUCCAUGUUUUAAAUGUACUUACUGUGAUGCUAUAAAAUGAGAAGAACAGUGAUGAAAAAAACUCGCUUGUUCUAGCUAUAGUAUGGUUUGAGUAUGGUUUGGAGGUCAUGUUCUUAGCUUUAUCCCCAUUUUCCUGUUGGAAAAGGCUAAAUGAGCAAUUCUAAUCCCUAUUUUCCUAUCUAGUGCUUGCCUUGUGUCUGGUUUGAGAACUUUGCUACCGCAAUCAAGGCUUUAUUGCUUGGUUUGUUAUAGGAGCAGCCUGAUAACCCCUCCUAUAGUGAUAUGUCUUCAGCUUGGUUUACAAUAGCGCGCUUUCUAUAGCAAUUGUCUUUGCCCUUAGUGUGUGCUAUAAAAUGAGAAGAAUAGUGGUGAAAAAAACUCACUUGUUCUAGUUGUAGUAUGGUUUGAGCAAGUUUUGGAGGUCAUGUUCUUAGCUUUAUCCCCAUUUUCCUGUCGGAAAAGGCUAAAUGCGCAAUUCUUAUCCCUAUUUUCCUAUUUAGUGCUUGCCUCGUGUCUGGUUUGAGAUCCUUGCUAUCACAAUCAAGGCUUUAUUGCGUAGUUUGUUAUAGCAGCAGCCUGAAUACCCUUCCUAGAGUGACAUGUCUUCAGCGUGUUUGCAAUAGCACGCUUUCUAUAGCAAUUGUCUUUGCCCUUAGUGUGUUCUGUUAGUAUCAGCAGAUUAUUUCUGUGUUUUG